AUGCUUGAUGUUGAGACUCUAAAGCUGGCUUAUGUGGAGGAUGAAGCAGGAAUCCCAGGUAUACUCGUUGGAGUUUCUGUCGAUGGAAAGGAAGUCUGGUCAGAAGGUUUGGGUUAUGCUGAUGUGGAGAACCGUGUGGUGUGUAAGCCAGAGACAAUCAUGCGAAUUGCCAGCAUUAGCAAGUGUCUUACAAUGAUGGCUGUUGCUAAACUGUGGGAAGAGGGUAAACUGGAUUUAGAUGCUCCAGUGCAGAAAUAUGUCCCUGAAUUUCCAGAAAAAGUCUACGAGGGUGAAAAGGUUGCUGUUACUACAAGGCUGUUAGUUUCACACUUGAGUGGGAUUCGUCACUAUGAAAAAGAUAUUGCAAAAGUAAAGGAAGAAAAGGAAAAGGCAAACAGAGCAUUUAAACGAACAAAACCCUGUCAGGAUAAGGAACAAAAAGAAGGCAAAGAGACUGUAAAAACUGACAGUGACAAGCCAAGGAAAGAACAUGAAGGUGAGGCAAAAAGCCUAAGUUCAAAACCUGGCAGGAGAGACAAGGAAUUUGAGCAAGAAGAGUAUUAUUUGAAGGAAAAAUUUGAAAGUGUGAUUGAAUCACUGAAGAUAUUUAAAAAUGAUCCUUUAUUCUUUAAACCAGGUAGUCAGUUCUUGUAUUCGACCUAUGGCUUUACUCUCUUAAGUGCUGUUGUGGAGAGAGUUUCAGGACAAAAAUUUACAGAUUAUAUGCUAAAAAUGUUUCGUGAUUUGGAUAUGCUGUCAACUGUACUAGAUGACAAUGAAGCAAUGAUAUAUAACAGAGCAAGGUGUUACGUUUACAACAAAAAGGGACGGCUGGUAAAUGCACCAUAUGUGGACAACUCUUACAAAUGGGCUGGUGGUGGCUUUCUGUCGUCAGUAGGUGACCUUCUUAAAUUUGGAAAUGCCUUGUUAUACAGCUACCAAGUUGGACAGUUCAAAGACACUAAUGGCAAACUCCUUCCUGGGUACCUCAAACCAGGCACAGUCGCAAUGAUGUGGACCCCGGUGCCAAAAACAGAAGUGUCAUGGGACAGGGAUGGUAAAUAUGCAAUGGCUUGGGCUGUAGUAGAGAAAAAACAGCAAUGUGGCUGUUGCAGGAAGCAGAGACACUAUGCAUCUCACACGGGUGGUGCCGUGGGGGCAAGUAGUGUCCUCCUCAUUCUUCCUGAAGAGCUGGACUCCAAAGCUAUAGAUACCGGGCUAGUGGCACCACCUAGAGGAGUCAUUGUUAGUAUUAUCUGUAAUAUGCAAUCUGUUUCACUCAACAGCACUGCCUUAAAGAUUGCAAGGGAAUUUGAUAAACAAAAGUGGGCACAAUAUAUAGAUUAAAAAAAGAUGACACAAGUAACUGAAC